AUGGCCUACCAAAAUGCAGACAGUAGGCACCGGAACCUGCAGCGAGGUAUGUACGCCGGGUGCGGUGUGGCCCUGGUGUCCGCGGUCAUUGUGUUUGCCUUACUCAUGAUAGCCCUCAAUGCUAUUGACAGCCUUUACACCGAGAGCUCUAUUAGUACCCUCAGAUCUAUAUUCAUAUCGUUUGGUGUGUUGACUAUAAUACUGGAACUGCUGGGUAUAGGCGCUGCCAUGAAGGAGGUCUACUGGCUUUGUAUUAUCUACGCUGUACUAUCGUCAGUGCUGGCAGGUCUGUGUCUAUACGGCGGUAUUGCGGGCGCUGGAGGUCUGCUCUGGUAUCUAAUGGUCGUAUUCUUCGUGAGCGGCUGUUUUGGCUCAUACUUUGCCAAAGAUAUGAAACGACUCGAGAAUUUGGCCCGAAGUACCACUGUUUACGUGUCGGGAAUGCCAGGUCAACCUAAUUAUGGUUAUCAAACACCACCCUCAGGACAGGUACCCAACUACGGACCACCAAAUGGCCAGAUGUAUACGACUGGACCUACCGGACCUUAUCAGCAAUCGCAACACCAGCCCAUGGGUACUGGCUAUCACUCAUCGGUGGCCGUUAAGGACUUUGUUUUUCCUAUGGAAAAUCCCAGCAAAAGUUGGCAAAAGUGUUUCCGAUGA